UGUCCUCUUUUUAUCGCAUCUACGCAUCUACUAUUCAUGUCUGUUUUGUGCCGCAAACUUCCACACUUUGCACAGUUCAUUUAUGAAAUUUCAAUAUCUCGAUUGAAGGCAAAUUAUUCCGUAAAUAUGGCCAAAAAGACGGCAAUUGUACUGGUUGCUGAUGGUACAGAAGAAAUGGAAGCAGUAAUCACUACAGAUAUCUUACGUCGAGCCGGAAUCAACGUGACUGUAGCUGGUCUACCUGAAAAAGAAUGCAUAAAAUGCAGCAGGGACAUUCAAAUUUGUGUUGAUGCGAAUCUUAAAGAUGCAGUUCAACAGAAAUAUGAUGUUGUUAUAUUACCUGGUGGCCUAGGAGGCUCAGAAGCUUUUGCAUCGUCUCAAGAAGUAGGAAAACUUUUAAAGGAACAAGAAAAGGAAGGCAGAGUUAUUGCGGCAAUUUGUGCAGCACCAAUCGCAUUGAAAGCACAUGAUAUUGCAAAAGGAAAACAGCUCACCUCUUACCCAUCGAUGAAAGAUAAACUGGCAGAUGAAUAUGAAUAUUUGGAAUCUACAGUUGUAACCGAUGGUAAUCUCAUAACUAGUAGAGGCCCAGCAACUGCAUUUGCUUUUGGCUUGGCAAUUGUGGAAAAGUUGCUUGAUAAAGAAACUGUAGAGAAAGUUGCAAGCGGAUUGCUGUAUACAACAUGCAAGUAAAAAGAUGUAUACACGUGCAUUCUGCUCAAGAAAUAUACUGUUAAACAAUGCUGCUUGUAAAUUAUUAAAUUAAUAAUUCAUUGUA